ACAACGACGACUACGCGACUACGACGGUUGCACGGCACACGGCACACGGUUUUGAAUUCGCAAUUUUGUUUCGGUUUUCGGUUUUGGGUGUUCGUUCGGUGCUUCGGGCGGUUGUUGUCAUUGUUGGGAGAAGACCCUCUCCCAAGUAAAAUUCAUGUUAAUGAAUGUUAAUUUAUACAUUUGUAAGAAUCUAAAAUCUGUUUUUCCAUACACAACAAUUAUUGGCUGCCGCGGCCGCUGCUUCUGCUGCUGCUGGCUCUGCUCCCCAAAUUCCAAAUUGGAAACAGUUGCGCCUGAAGCCCCGCCGUGAUCGCGCACGCUGUCCUUGUCUCUCGAACGAUAGUCCCCGACCCAACCAGCAAAAAGGAGCACAAUGGAUCCAGAGUUUGUGAAUAAAUAUAAUCAGGUGCUCAGUCGCCUGAAGCUCAUCGAGAACUUCGAUGGCAGCGAUCCUGGGAAGCUGCCGCCGUUCCUCCAGCGGAUCGAGGCACUGAUGCCGGCCAUCAACAGCUUCGACGACUACUACAAGGCACAGCUGAUUGGACACAUCAAGAACAAGUGCACAGAUCGGGCACGGGAGGCGGUCUUCACCCGACAGAUGAGUGCCCCGGCGGCCAAUGGCAAUGGGAAUGGGAAUGGCCACCUGCUGAAGGCCGAGUCCUGGCUAAAGCUGAAGGAUCAGCUGCUGUACAACUACGCGGAGCGCGAGUCCAGCUACUCUCUGAUCCACAAGAUCCGCAGCGCGGUGCUGGACUCCAACAUAGAGCUGUACUACCAGAAAAUGGCCAAGCUGAAGCACCGACUGAUCAACCGGAAGCUCACCCACAACGACACCCUGUACGCACUCGAGGACAUCGAGCGGAUCACGCUGCAGGUGUUCCGCGACCACCUGCCCGAGCCCACCCACUCGAUGAUCUUGCGGCGCAACCCCAAGAGCAUGGAGGAGGCCUACCGCUACAUCGUGGAGGUGCAGCAGCAAUUCUACACGCAGAGCGGCUCGCUCGGGAGCGACCAGCAGGCGGCCACCUUCAGCACCAGCCACAAGCAGCACCACCUCACCUACGGCGUCGGCAUGGGCGGCGUGGGCGUCAGCACCGUGGGCCUGGGCGUGGGCAUGGGUGCUGUGGGUCUGGGCAUGGCCUCGGGCGGCUAUGCCGGCUACGGCCGUCAGAUGUCGGACAAGGGCAACAGCCAGAACGCCAGCUCCAGGAGCUACUACAACCAGGCAGCGCCCGCCGUGGGAGCGGGUAAGACGAGUCCCAUGUUCAAGAGCCUCGGAAAUCCCACAUUCAAAUCCAGCUUCAGCUACAACGGCAGCAGCAGCGGCAGCAUGUCCUCCGGCAUGUCCGGGUACUCCAAUGCGAAGAAGGACGUGAAGGCCAACUAUCAGCAGCAGAAGAACCAGAACCAGAAGAGCUCCAUGAAGACCCCCAGCAUGGGAGGCGGCAGCAGCUGGCGGAAGUAGAAGCCCUACAAACCGAUCCCGAAUCUGGUUUACAGCUCACAGGGGUGCUGAUGAUGAUGAUGAUGAUGAUGGGACAAUGAGCUAAGCGGAGCGCAUGAUCUAAUCUCUUGGGCCCGUGACUAAGCCAUGGCUUGGAGAUUGGAUUGGAUGUCGAGUGCAUGCCUCAUGCUAAUUAGCCCCCAACCCAAACCCCACCAUCAACCCCAAAGUACUGUGUCUAAUAGUUAGUUCAAUCGAUGAUGAUGAUACGGACGAUGUAGACGUGAGCGUGGAUGUGAUUGUGGAUGCCAAUGACGAUGAAUCGAUGCGAUGACCGUGCCGACAUGUUAAUUAUUAUCUCAUAAGACUCAAAGUGUACAUAGCCCCUGCCCCCCUCCAGGCGGAACAUUCCCCCGCCCAUCUACCAUAACAAAAACCCACCCACCUACCGCCCGAAAUAUUGCUUCUGUUUACCAAUAAAGUGUAAAGUCUAACGCCUC